GCCCCCGCACCGCCCCCAACGCCAGCCGCCCGCCGCCGGCCUGUCCAAGAUGGAGGGCGCUCCGCGGGCGCCGCUCGCCCUCCGGCUGCUCAUCGUCGCGGCGCUGCCAGUCACCGGCUGGCUGACGACGGGCACCUUUGAGCCGACGCUGUUGCCCCGAGCCCCGAAGGACAGCAUCAGAAUUAAUGUAACUACCCUGAAAGAUGAUGGGGAGGUAUCUAAAGAACAGGUUGUUCUUAACAUAACCUAUGAGAGUGGACAGGUAUAUGUAAAUGACUUCCCUGUAAAUAGUGGUGUAACCCGAAUAAGCUGUCAGACUUUGAUAGUGAAGAAUGAAAAUCUGGAAAAUUUGGAGGAAAAAGGAUAUUCUGGAAUUGUCAGUGUAAGGAUUUUAGUUCAUGAGUGGCCUAUGACAUCUGGUUCCAGUUUGCAACUAAUUGUCGUUCAAGAAGAGGUAGUAGAGAUUGAUGGAAAACAAGCUCAACAGAAGGACGUUACUGAAAUAGAUAUUUUAGUUAAGAAUCAGGGAAUACUCAGACGUUCAAACUACACCCUGCCUUUGGAAGAAAGCAUGCUGUACUCGAUUUCCCGAGACAGUGACAUUUUAUUUACCCUUCCCAACCUCUCCAAAAAAGGAGAAAGUGUUAGUUCAUUGCAGACCACCAGCCAGUAUCUUAUCAGGAAUGUGGAAACCACUGUAAAUGAAGACGCUUUACCUGGCAAAUUACCUGAAACUCCUCUCAGAGCAGAGCCUCCGUCUUCGUAUAAGGUGAUGUGUCAGUGGAUGGAAAAGUUCAGAAAAGAUCUGUGCAGGUUCUGGUGUAGUGUUUUCCCAGUAUUCUUUAUGUUUUUGAAUGUCAUGGUGGUUGGAAUUAUAGGAGCAGUUAUAGUAAUAACCAUCUUAAAGGUGCUUUUCCCAGUUUGUGAAUACAAAGGAAUUCUUCAGUUGGAUAAAGUGAAUGUUAUGCCUGUGACAGCUGUCAACUUAUAUCCAGAUGGUACUGAGAAAACAGCAGAAAACCCUGAAGAUAAAACAUGUGUUUAAUACACCAUCUCAAAUCAUGGACUCAGAAUUAGUCUAUUGGUUCAAAUUUGCCACUCGAAUAUAAUUUUCUUUAAAUCGUUAGGAAUCAGUUUGUACAGUAAAGAAAUUGCUAAACUCCUAAAACUGCCUAAAACUUGACCUUUAAAGUGAUAGUUGAAGUUCACCUUAUUAAUGGGGCUGGCUGUUCAGAUGGUGAGUUAUUAAAGAAAAUUUAAAUGAAAUGGAAGAGAAGAUGUGAAGAAACUUUGAAACUACCAAAAAAAAAAAAAAAAGGCAAGACAAAAUGCCAUGUGCCAAUACUUUUCAAGGUGCCUUUGUUAAUGAAAUUAUAUACACUUAAUU